AGGCACAGCGCGUCAGAUAGCGGGGGUUGGCCACGCGCGAGCAAUAAAUAUACAGCGAUAGGAUGCGCUCACGGUGUGUCGCGUUUCCCUGAGACUCGUCCGUGCAAGAGCGAUUCGUUCGGCACGACGAUCUGCGCUCGAUUCCGUAUCCUUUCGUCCGACCGGCUACCGGCGGCCGAAAAGAGGUCGGUGCCAUAACCGAGAUCGGAACACGGUGACUCACUCACUCACUCGUCAUCGUCGUCGUCGUCGUCGUCGUUGUCGUCGUCGGUGACACUCGCUCUCCAGGUGGCCUGCGGUGGACAAUGAUGCUCCUCUUGUGAGAGAACAACUGUGAGAUUAGAACAAGUCCGAAAUACGUGCCAACAUGAAUGUGCAGGAACUUCGCGAUGAGCCUCCUUUACUGCAAGCCAUAUUUCUUGGGGACAUGGAGGAGGUGUUCGCAUUGCUGUUGGAACAAGAGGAUAUCAAUUGGCAAGACAAAGAACAACGCUCUCUUUUGCAUGCGGCAGCGUAUAGGGGAAACACCGCAAUUGUGGAGACUCUCCUGUUAAAUGGUGCAGCAGUCAAUAAUAAAGAUAAGAAGUGGCUAACCCCAUUGCACAGAGCCUGUUGCUCAGGCAAUUACAACGCGGUAGAUAUUCUAUUGAAAUACAAAACAGAUGUGAAUGUUCGGGAUCGCAGUUGGCAAACACCUCUUCAUGUAGCGGCAGCCAAUAAUGCUGUGCAAUGUGUAGAACUCAUAUUACCACAUGUAUUAAAUCUCAAUCUCACGGACAGGGGCGGACGGACGUGUCUUCAUCACGCCGUGUACAACGGACACCUUGAAAUGACCGAAUAUUUGGCGCAGCUGGGUUGCGUGAUAAACGCUUCCGACAAAAAGGAUCGCAGGCCUCUGCAUUUCGCGGCGUACAGGGGUCACGACGAGAUAAUAAAGGUGCUGAUAGCCAAAGGUGCUGACGUGGACGUAAAAGAUCGAGAUUUAUACACCCCGUUACACGCAGCGGCCGCUUCCGGCAAUGUAGAGUGUAUGCACACUUUGAUCAAGGCUGGCGCAGACGUCGAAGCCAAGAACGUGUACGGGAAUACUGCGUUGCAUAUCGCGUGCUUGAACGGAUAUUCUCAUGCGGUCACGGAACUGAUCGCUAACUGUGUUAAUCUAGAGGCUGUCAAUUAUCGCGGGCAGACUGCGUUGCACGUCGCCGCUGCCAGCACACACGGUGUUCAUUGUCUGGAGGUGCUGGUGCAGGCCGGGCUGAAGAUAAAUGUGCAAUCGGAGGACGGCCGUACGCCGUUGCACAUGACUGCGAUUCACGGUAGAUUCACGAGGUCGAAAACGCUGCUCGAUGCUGGUGCUUUUCCGGACACGAGAGACAAAAAUGGAAACUCGGCUUUGCACGUCGCUGCCUGGUUCGGUUACGAAUGUUUGACUACGACUCUGCUAGAAUGUGGCGCAUCUCCGGCGGCACGCAACGCGCAACAACGGACAGCUCUUCAUCUGAGUUGCCUGGCGGGUCACAUAGAAGUUUGUAGGAAAUUAUUGCAAGUCGAUAGGCGAAUCGAUACGCGAGACAUAGGCGGCAGGACGGCUUUACACUUAGCUGCGUUUAAGGGUUCCGUGGACUGUCUGGAUCUGCUGUUGUCUAGUGGCGCCAACUUUCGUCUCGCCGACAACGACAACCGGUUAGCUCUGCAUCACGCCGCGAGCCAAGGACACUAUCCCUGCGUCUUCACUCUGGUGGGAUUCGGUAGUGACUCGAACGCUCAAGAUGUGAACGGGGCCACGCCGCUGCAUCUGGCCGCAGCAGCUUCCAAUCCUUCUGAUUCUUGCGCUCAGUCGUACAGGUGUGUACAGUAUCUGCUGCAGCACCGAGCAGACCCGCGUUUAUGCGAUAAACGCGGCUUCACUGCGAUUCACUACGCAGUGGCGGGUGGCAAUCAACCGGCUCUGAAAGCGCUCUUACACGCGUCAUCGACGACGACGUCUACGUCCACAUCCGCAUCGUCGUCGUCUCCUUCGUCAGGGAAUUUAUCCACCUCGCACGGUUCCUUUGCGUUCAAGCACGAAGUGUCUUCGCCGGCGCUCACUCCAGUACAUCUCGCGGCAUAUCACGGUCACAGCGAGAUCUUGAAGUUGCUCUUACCGUUGUUCCCUAAUACAAACAUCAAAGAGGACAGUGGAAAGACUCCGUUGGAUUUGGCCUCCUACAAAGGACACAAGCAGUGCAUCGAGCUUCUGUUGCGAUUCAGCGCUUUGGUGUCGGUUCAAGAUUCUGUGACAAAACGCACGCCGGUACAUUGCGCCGCUGCGGCCGGUCACUCCGACUGUUUGGCCCUGCUCUUGGAGAACACGGACGAUCCUCGAGUGGUGAAUCGUUACGACGCGAAGCAGCGUACGGCCCUCACGCUUGCGGUAGCGAACAGCAAUCCGGAGUGUGCGAUUUUGUUGCUGAAGCACAAGGCCGACUGCAAUCUGCCGGACAUUAACAAGCACACGCCGCUGUUCCGAGCGGUAGUGAACGAACGUGAUCACCAGCUAGUGAAGUUGCUGCUGAAACACGGCGCACGCGUAGCGGUGCAGGACGCGAACGGUAAAACACCGUUACACCUGGCGGCGGCCUGCGGAAGACUGAACGCUUUAGCGGCUUUGGUGAAAGCGGAUCCGACCGCGGCUACUUUGAAGGACGAUCAAGGAUGCACGGUGCUUCACUGGGCUUGUUACAACGGCAACUCGAAUUGCGUGGAGUACCUGUUGGAUCAGAACGUAUUUGACUCCUUGGAAGGUAACCCGUUCUCCGCCGUUCACUGCGCUGUUUAUCAGGGCUCCGCGCACUGCUUGGACCUGCUGAUCAACAAAUUCGGCGGGAAAGCAGUGGCCGCGCCGAGGGACACUCUGGGCGGCCGGCUGCCUUUGCACGUCGCGGCCAGCGCCGGCUCGGUCGAGUGUGCGCGACUGAUCCUGAGCUCGGUUGGUCCGGAGUUAGCCGGCCUGGAGACGCCCGAUUACUCCGGACGGACGCCGCUACUCUGCGCGGCCGUUACCGGGCAAUGCAACGUUAUCGAAUUACUACUCGAGUGGAAAGCCAAUGUACGUGCUGUCGAUUCCAGUAAAAAUACAGCCUUGCACUUAGCUUGUCAGAGGCGCCAUUCCGCCGCAGCGUCGUUACUCUUAAACUGGAUCGACUCGCUCGGCUCCGACGGCAAUGCCGCGUCGGCCCAGCAAUCGCAGCAGCAGCAGCAGCAGCAGCAACAGCAGCAGCAGCAGCAGCAGCAGCAGCAGCAGCAGCAGCAGCAGCAGCAGCACCAACAGCAGCAGCAGCAGCAGCAGCAGCAGCAGCACCAACAACAACAACAACAACAACAACAACAACAACAACAACAACAACAGCAGCAGCAGCAGCGAGUGGCAGUUAUUAAUAUGACCAACAAGCAACAGAGAACUCCGUUGCAUCUAGCGGCGAGGAACGGUCUCGUGACGAUCACGCGCCGAUUGUUGCAAUUGGGCGCAAGUGUCGUGGCCGUAGACGCCGAGGGACUCACCCCUGCGUUGGCCUGCGCCCCGAAUCCGGCGGUAGCCAGGUGUUUGGCCACUAUUCUCGCGGCGCAUGCAGGUCAAAACUGGGAAGCCGCGCAGCAUUCGCCGUCUAUCCAACAGACGUCCGAAGUGUAUCUGAACGGACGCAGCGGCGUCGAUUCGCAGCACAGCUCCGACUCGGAGUUUUACUGACAGCAAGCCUCUUCGCGCUUAGACUGCCAAGCGUGCCCGAACCUGAACGUCGACUCCGUGCACGGCAACGUUGACGCCAGGUUGAUCUGGACGAGCUGCUGGCUCUUCUCCGUUUUAGCGUAAAUAGUUGCUCUAUGCGGCCGCCGUACGGCGAGCCAAGCGAGACCACGCGACGCGCAGAUAUCGGCCGAUUCUCCCGCAGUGUGAGUAGCCUCAUAAAUAGUAAUCGUGACAAUACGAGUGUCUGUACUAUCGAGAAGUCGAUAGGGAGUUUCACUAACCGACUGCCAAGAGGGAUACGGAUUUAUUUAUGUAUGCAUGUAUGUAUGUAUGUGUGCGUACACGUGUGUGCGCUCGUGCGCGCGCGCGUAUGUGUGUGUGUGUGUGUGUGUGUAGUCAGUGGACGAAAGCUUGCGACGUUUCCUUUUCAUUAAGUUUCCCAACACGUUCAUAUCUAUCGAGUCCUUAUUCACAAUAGGUGCAGUAAGCCACUAGCCUUUGGCUCUAAGCUCGAGACUGUCACGUAAUUUGUGGCUAGAAGUGUUUCCCGCUGCCGCUAUGCGAUCGUAAUUCUUAAGCUUUAAGAAAACUAGAUUCCUUAGAUUCUUAGAUUUUUAGAUCCUUAGAAACUUAGAUUCCAAUUAUUAGGGCAGCUACAGGUGGAAAAUGAUUUUUAACAAAAAUUAAGACUUACAACAAACGGCUAAAAGCUCACUACAUCUAUUGCAGAUUGGGCCUUAAGAGAAUUUACUUUUUAGCAAGUCUCGGGAGUUAACAACUCUUGAUACACCGGAUACGUUUUGAAGUUCAUCGGGCAAAGAAUGUUGCAAUUUUCCUUUCACCGAUUGUACGCAGGCCAGCGUAAUAGCCUCAACACGCGGUGUAUUAAAGUUACUAAGUCUUACUCUAAUCGUAUACGUUCGUUUUUGGACAUUAACAUAAAGCCAUCACAGAUUACCGCUUCGAUACAUCAUGUGUUCCUGCUUCUUAUAAUAUAUAAAUAAUAAGUCGACAAUGCGUACAAUUUCGAGAUUCUAGUAAUCCAGUUGCAUCGCAUAUUGAGGCUGUUACGCUGGUCUGUAUACGCAUGAGUGUACGUAUGUAUAAUCCACUACUUGGUAGAUUGAUAGAUUAAGCAUUUGUGUGAGCGUGAUAUGAUAUUUGAGAGACGAGCGAGCCGUACGGCAUCCAUAGUCAUCCAGCGUUUCGUUCGUGUAUUAUCACGUAAAACGAAGUGCCCGGAGAAUACAUUAUUUCGUUUGUCACGCUGCAUGACGUUCGUGAGGGGAAACAAAUAUCGAAGCGAAUAUCGUUGCAGUUUGCGUUGCGACAACGGAAUUUGUACGUUAAACAACUAACGUACUACUAACGUCAGAGCGGUGCGCGCGGUCGGCGUGUCGAUUCACUUUACGUUCCAACACGUCGUGCGAUAGAUUAGCACGUUGUAUCCUCAAAGACAACGCCACUUUUCCCGACGCUGUCGCGAAAUGUGUCCUUCAAUUAGAAAGAGUACAAAAUUGCCGCCAUUAGCGCUUAACUGUAUUCCUCUUGGACAUUAUCGCAGUAUCCGAUAUUGAGAUUCAUUUAUUUUUGAGCUAAUCGAGCUGAAGCGAGAUAUAUCGAGAUUGCACGAUACACACAUAUAUUUUUCUCUUCUCUUGUACACAUUUGUACACUUAUCUUACAUGCACACACACACACACACAACACACAAACAGUAUAAUCGAGAAUGCGCGCGAGAUGUUUGUAGCUUCGCCGCACGUGCAUUCUCUCGUAGCAUAUAUCUUCUAAAUGAACUUAAUUAACGCACACUGCAUUGACUUCUCUUCUUCGCAUUUCUUGAAUGGUACACGUUCUUCUGCAUAAUUAUUCAGUUUUCUCUGUCUCGAAAUAACGCGCAUAUUAGAGUUCUCUCACGGUUGACUAGUAGCGAACGAGUCGAACGGACCACGAGAAACAAUAGUCGCUAAUAAAUUUACGUAGUCGCGUAAUAAGCGGGGCUCUAUCGAAUGCAAUAAGACACCGAGGACCGAGGUGGUCCCGGGUAGGUUCGACGAUAGAACGCAGUUAGCGCGUAAUUGAUCAACUCUGGCAUAUUAUAUGGUCGAGCAGGUGUGAUAUAUAAUCAAAAGCGCGAUUCGUCCCUGCGACAGGCAAUUAAACGCCAAUACAAUUAUAACGACGACGAGGCGUACGGAGGACGAUGCUCAACACACGUUGCAUUUACUAAUCUAGGUUGAUUUUAAUUAAUUUAGACGGAUGUCUUCCAUCUUCAGCAAUGGCAUUCGCAGUUGGUAGCGUCUCGGCGCGGUGAUUGACGCUAAUAUAUCGGUUGUUCUCAUUUGAAUCGGGAAAGAAUCUUUGUCAAGAUCGUGUAAGCGUUUCCGUACUCGGCAAUGCCUUUAUGCGUUCUUAAGCACUUGAAUAUUAAUUUGAAUCACGUGUUCGCGAUUUAAUUUAGUUUGUCGGAUAUUCGGUAGUGAGAAACACACAGAGAGAGAGAGAGAGAGAGAGAGAGAGAGAGAGAGAGAGAGAGAGAGAGAGAGAG